CCUGGGCCAAGCGGGGUAACCCUGCCGCCCCACCUGACAGAUCUGGACCCCUUGAUCCUGUCGCUGUCUCUCAUUCUGGUGCUGAUCCUGGUGCUCCUGGCCCUCUUUGCCCUGCUCACCCACCGCAGGUUUUUGAAGAAGAAGAUGUGGCCCGUGAUCCCCAGCCCUGAGCCCAAGUUCGAGGGGCUUUUCACCCUCUACAAAGGAAACUUCCAGCUGUGGCUGGGGCAGAGAAACGCCUACCUGUGGUGGAGCAGGAACCCCGGCUACAUGGAGGAACAGCCCAGCCUGCUGGAGGUGCUGUCUGAGGACUCCAAGGGGGAGGGGCCGGUGCCGCCCCUGCCCCCCAAAGCCCAGGACUCGGUCCCGGCUGCCCCCCCGGAGCUGCCCCCGGACGACUACCUGGUGCUGGAUGAACAGCUGAUGCUCUGCAGCCCGCCUACCUGUGCCCAGGACUCGGUCCCGGCUGCCCCCCCGGAGCUGCCCCCGGACGACUACCUGGUGCUGGAUGAACAGCUGAUGCUCUGCAGCCAGAGCGGGGCGGACUCUGCUGCCCUCCCUACCAGGGGGCAAGAGCUGGGCCUCCCGGGGGCCGAAGCGGAGCCCGUCGUGGAGGAGCGGGUCUCGUCCUCCUCCAGCUUCGAGUACACCCUCUUCGACCCCAGCUCGGAGCUGCUGGCGCCCUGCGAGCGCCGGCCCCCACCCCCGCUCAAAUACAGCUACCUCCUGGUAUCCGACUCGGGGAUCUCCGCCGACUAUGCCCCUCUGGCCGCCGGCACCGACCAGCCCAACCUCUACACCAACCUGUGCCAGGAGGGGCGCCAGGCCCAGCUCCUCCCAGCCGGCUACGUGGCGUGCUCAUAGUGCCGGCAGGCGGGGAGAACAGAGAUCGGGCCCCCGGCCUGCUGGGUGGGCAGGAAACUUUCCUGCCGGAAGGCAGCAAACAAGGUGCCAGCAGGCCACAGAGGGGGCAGCAGCAGGAUGGAGCCGUGCGCCUGUCCUGGCAGGAGGAAGCAGGGCCCUGUGCCUGGAGAUACGACCCCAGCUCCUCCGUGCCCGGUGUUUGCACGGCUGGGGUGGAGCACGGGGGGUGGAGCGGAACUGCCCGGCUCGGGGUCAGACGUGGCUCUGGGCAGAAGCUGGAUUUGCCCAAGGCCGAUGCCAGCUGUGACAGGGGGGAGCAGGGACUGGUGGCCCACCUACCAGCAGGGGGUGCUACCUCCAAGAUGCCCCCCUCCCUGCAUCACCACCAGAGCGAGCUCGGAUUCAAGACGUGGGAGCUGGGGGGAAGCUACAGCCCCCGUGUCACCAAGGGGACACCCCACGGCAGCUGCAAGGGAUGCUGGGAGUCCUGUGGUCUGUGAAGGGCUUUGUGCACGUCCGCAGCCGGGGAGCGAAAGCGCCGUCACGCCUGGGCACAUCAGUGCUGCGCCCACGUCGGCGCUGGGAGAGAAGGGCGAGGCAGCAGGGUGGGGGAGAUGUCAGGACUGCUGGGUUCUACCCCAGGGGUCUGUGAGUAGGGACUAGUGGUUAGAGCGGGGGGGAAGGGCGGGGAGCCAGGACUCCUGGGUUCUAUUCCCUACUCUUGACCGUGAGCAAAUCCCACCUGCCCAACGUCUCUUUCUGUGCCUGAGUUUCCCCACGUGGAAAACAGCUGACAAUACGGAUCAAUGGAGGACAUCACUUGCUGUAAGUAUUUAGCCACACGGAGCUGCCCCUGCUCUGGGGACGCUCUUAUCAUUAACCCUUUAAGAGAUACUACCAGUGCCAGAUGGACUGAUUUGCCCUGGCCGCACAUAACGCUGCCACUGCAGCCCCCUUGGGGUGCAUCUGGCCAACACUGAACACCAUGGGAGCAAGGACCACCUCCUACCUGCCCAGUAGCGGUGGGGCCCGCCCUCCCUAGCCCCCGAGCUCCCAUCUUUGUAUAGUUAAAAGGGAAAGUGUGGGGCUGGCUGGGAAGGAGGCCAAUAGGGGGUCAAGAAUCCCCUAGAAGUAGGGGACUACCCCACAGCGCCCUGCCAGGGGUGCAGGCCCAGCUCGGAGCCCCUAGCAGCUGAGUGAGCGAUAGAUCUUUGCCUUUUAAUAAAGAGGCUGUUUUUUCCCACUUGGUGUCGAUCUGAGUUUGUACAGCACUUGGCACAGCGUGGGGCUGGAGCACCCAGGCGCUACCCUAAUACACCUAACUAAUGUACAGCACCCCGGGCACUGCUGUAGUAGAUAAGCCAUGUUUUCCCAAGGGGCCCAGCACGACAAAGGGUAAAGCCAGAGGGCCUGGCUGCCUGUCCCACACACUGGGGUGUUGCACGUGCGAGGCCUUAGUGCAAGGAAAUGUGGCAAUGGGGACACUGCUGAGUGUAGCACAAGCGGGUGGCAGAAACCAGGGGGCCAGAGCAGAAUCGGGGUAGUAGCUCUGCCUGGGGCCAGUCCCUGCCCCCCAGCAUGAGGACCCCCACCCACUCUCCAACCAGGCAGACCCCUUUGGCUCUGUCCCCACCAGAUAGUGAUUAUCUCCACAGCCACCGGCCCCUGGGUGUUAUCAGGCUGGGGCAGGCAGGAGGACCUCAGCCAAGAGCCAUGCAGGGCCUGGCACCAAUCCAGCAUCGGCAGGGUGAGCGGCUCAGGACCGGAGAGCCAGAGGAGGCAGCUAAAGGCUGCUGCAGCUCAGGUGGGAGGGCACCAGCAUGUGGUCAGCUGGGCCUGAUUCAUGGCUCCAUUGUCCUCCUGACAGCCCCCCAGCUCGGGGCCAGCUGAGCUCCCUGACUCUAAGCCAGCUGCGAGAGCUGGCUCUGGAGGCGGGGCGGGGUCCAGGGAGUUAGAACAGGGGAGGGAGAGGCUGGGAGCCUGCUUCCAUUGAUGGCUCUGGAUGGAGAGUGGGGUCUAAUGGUCGGAGCAGAGGAAGUGAUUGUCACGAGAUCAGACAGAAACCCAGUCUCCUCCACUCCUAGCCAUGGGAACAGAUGGGCUCCCCCUCAGAGCUGGGUGCAGCUAACUGGUCAGAUUCCCCCCCUCUUCCUUGGAGAGCCAAAACCUGGGAAAAUAAGUUUGAUUCAGGGCACAGGCUGUGUAUUUUUUGUUUGCGCAGCCCCCAGGGUGACGAGGGGGGGGAGGGGGGCCAUCUCAGCUGUUCCGUGAUCUGACCGGUAACAAACAAAUUUGUAUUGUUGAAAAUUCCUCCGUGUCUGUUUACUGCGGGUGGGACAUUAAAGUAGGCCCAGGAGGGGCUGUGCAAAGACAGAUUUUCCCCUAAAUCACCCAAGGUUCAAUCAACAA